GGUCGUGGUGGAGACUUGCGGCGGCCGCCUCACGUUUAGCUGCACCAUGCGCGGUCGCCUGCUGGUCCUCCUCGGUCACUCGUGCUGUCAGCAGCAGCGGAACUCGGGGAAGGCGAGCGCUGUGGCUGCUGUCAUGGCUGUCCCCUCGAGCGUGGCGGAAUCGUGGCUUGGCCGAGGUUCGUCGCCCUCGAGCUCUCAGCUGGCGUGAGGGACGGCGGAACAGUCCCGCCGAAUUUCUGAUUUCUGGGAAGCGAAGGACACAAGGAAUUGAGAUCCGCUACGUCACUUCAGCGCAGCUUUGCAGGACGGAGAACGGUGUUACGACGGCAGCAAACGCUGGUGGUCAUCGCAUCGUCCCCGCUGCCUCCCGCCUCCUCCCAGGAGGGGCCUCCCCACCCUGCACGGCCCCGCGCAGGCGCGUACCGGCGCAGAGCCGUGCCCCUUCCUCCGCGGGCCGCGGCGAUGCUGCUGGUGCUGUCGGAGGCGCAGAGGGCAGACCUGGGCUACCUGGCGCGGGCGGGUGCCGCAGCUGUCGGCGAGCUGGGGCGCCUGGCGGUGGAGCUGCUGCGGCGCGGCGCGGCGCCGCGGGCCUGCGAGGCUGCCGCCAGAAAACUUAACAUCGACGUUGACACCAUUCAGCAUGGAGUAGAAGGACUGACAUAUCUUCUCACUGAAAGCUCCAAACUUAUGAUUUCUGAGACAGACUUCCAAGAGUCCAUCCAUGUUCUGGGAUUCUCAGAUGAACUGAACAAGUUGCUGCUCCAGCUGUACCUUGAUAACAGGAAAGAGAUCAGAAGUGUUCUGGGUGAGCUGGCACCAAAGCUUCCCAGCUACCACAACCUUGAGUGGAGACUGGAUGUGCAGCUUGCAAGCAGGAGUUUGAGACAACAGAUCAAGCCUGCUGUGACUAUAAAGCUACACCUUAAUGAGAACGACGAUCAGACCGCCCACGUGUUGCAAACGGACCCUUCCACCCUCCUGCACCUAAUCCAGCAGCUGGAGCAGGCGCUGGGGGAAAUGAAAACGAACCAUUGCAGGAGAAUAGUGCGCAACAUGAAAUAGGAAUGAUGAGUGGUCACCAUCUUACUAAGCAGUUUGUGAAACGACUGAAAACAGUGUUCACGGAUAGAUUCUGAAGAAAAAUAAACAUCUGGAUCAGAUGAAAUGCUCUCCUGUGCCAGGAUCUUAAGCCAGUAAUUAUAGGCUAAAUGUCCUCUGGGUGCUAACCUGACACACCUGCCUGAUAGGAGAUAGGUAAUUGGUUUUGCUUUACUUGCAAAUGUAGAAAUGCAGUGCGCUAUGCUGAGCAUUUCUUUAGCUCUAAAUUAGUAUUGUUCCACUUGAAGAGCUCUCCUACAUUAAGUAGAGCUGUCCCAAUAUUAUAUGAAGCUGCACAUUUAUUUGAACAUUUAUCAAGUAGCUUUUUCCCUUGGUUUUGCUUCUGUUUUGAAAUUAAUAAAAUAAAAAACCACAAAACUAUACUGGUGGGAAUGGUCCUUAACCUCUUCCAUCUAGAAUGGUUCCUCCAUCUAGACCCAUGUACAUGCAGGAGUCUAUGUGGGACUACUGCCCUCUUCCUGCAGAGGAUUCAGUCAAUUUGGAGGCUGGACAUUACACUGCUUUUCUACCCUUCUAUGUAAGUAUGACCAGGGUAACCCACUCUAACACAGCCAGCUGUAACCCCUGCUAGGCAGCCUCAGGCUUUUUGCAGGGAGCAGUUGCCACAGACAAUCCCAUGUCCUAGCCAUGAGCUAGCAUACUGGUUAGAGGUAAAAGGUGACCUGAGAAAUGGCAGAAGCAAAACUGCAGGCUGGGAGGCAGGUUAAUAGUGCUAACUUCUGCUGAAGCUGAUCUUGUGUCAUGACGCAACCAUUUUAUUCCCCCUGCUUGGGUAGUGUGCUCACAAAGGAAAGACUAGCCAAGUAUUGCAAUGUAAAUUAUGCUUUUCCAUUUUAAAGAAAGAAGUCUUAACAAAGGUUAUGUCAAAAAUAAUUUUUCAGUUGUAAUCUAACGCAAAUGUUUGUAGCUUCUGGGACUAAGGUUAAAUAUUUUUCCUAAUGUUUUACUGUCACUAGUGAGGGUGCAUCAUAAAGCCCUUGAAGUAUAUUGGAGAGGACAGAUGGGCAAGAGAGAACUGUAACACAUGGAUCUUGGCAAUAGCUCUGUGUGUUUACUGUCUGUCGUGGCAACACCACAGAUUUCUGCAUUGACUGGGUCCUUAUAGUCCCAAAUGCAUUGUUUUCUUGUUGGUUUGAAUGUUUGGACCUCUGAGAGCUACGGUUCAAAGGAAACCUGCCUGGCAGAAGUGCUUUAAUCAGUAACAUUCACUUAAAGAGGUCAGUUUCCUGGAAUGGGGAGUUGCUUGUUCUGUAAUUGUUUUGUGUGAUUGUGUGAACAAACUUCAUUUCCUCUCCUAUAUGCAAGUCAGUAACGGGUUUCAUUUACUAUUCAUAUGUGGUGACUUUUUUCAUUGAGUCACAGAAUUCAGGAACCUGCUUAGUAAGGUUCCAUGGGAUAAAGCCCUAGAGAGCAGGGCAGCCGAAGACUCCUGGUUGAUAUUCAAGGAUCUCUUGCUACAAGGUCAGGAGUGUUGCGACCCGACCAGAAGGAAGUGCGGCAGGAGGGCCAGGACACCUCCAUGGAUGGAUAAGGAGCUGCUGAGGAAACUUAAGAGGGGAAAAAAGAAGCUUGUAAGAGGUGGAAGCGAGGACAGGCAGCCUGGGAAGAAUACAGGGAUACUGUCCAGGAAUCUAGGGACCAGGUUAGGAAAGCUAAGGCCCAGUUAGAAUUAAAUCUGGCCAGGGACGUGAAAGAUAACAGGGAAGGCUUCUACAGGUACGUAGCAAAUAAAAGACAAGACUAGGGACAAUGUGGGCCCUCUCCAGAAGCUACGGGGAGAACUGGCUACCCUGGAUUUGGAGAAGGCUGAGGUUCUUAAUGACUUCUGUGCCUCAGUGAGCGUGGUGAGGCACUGGAAUGGGUUGCCCAAGGAAGUUGUGAAUGCUCCACCCCUAGCGGUGUUCAAGGCCAGCUUGGACAGAGCCUUGGGCAACAUGGUUUAGUGUGACGUGUCCCUGCCCAUGGCAGGGGGAUUGGAACUAGAUGAUCUUAAGGUCCUUUCCAACCCUAACUGUUCUAUGAUUCUAAUUUUCUUCACAUGUAGUUAUGUGGUAGUUAAAAGUAAUCAAGUGUUACUACUUGGGAUUUCUGAUUAGUACUUCUCUCUCCCCCCAUCCCCGUAAUUGGUGUACAUUUUCAGGUGAAAUACAGAACAGCUUAUAUGUAGGCCAGGUUUUUAUUCCAGCUUCUCACUGUAGCCGUAGUCUAGGAUUCAUAGCAGCAAAAUAGAAGUUUUGGAUACCAGUCCUAGAAGCUUUUUGUGUCUCAUCUUGCCUACUGCCCUAUGGAUCUGUCUCUUAAACUUUAAAAAGAAAAGUAGCUGCUGUGGAGCUGGUUGGCAUCAUGGUAAAUGCUGGCAAUUUGCGUAUGUGUCAUGUCCUGAAGCAUGUGCUAGAAGAGAACAGGAGGGCUUCCGUUGGUGACCAUGAGUAAAAGGGAUUUGGGGAAUACAGAAUGUUGUUGGAAAGGCUGCAUAUUCCAUUUUCUUGCAGCAUAUUUCGAUAGUGCAGAAGUAAAAACUGCAACACUGAAUGACCUUGUUUCCUCUAAGAAAAAGUUACCUGAAUUGAAGACAGUCAAGAUUAAACUUUGAAGCUGGUGAAAUUUAGAGAAACUCAAACUCUGGCAGUGAUCCACAGACUCGAGAAGAAAAGUAAGGAGAAAGGUCCUUUACACCAAGCAUGUCGUUUUUGAAUUGUAACUUCCAGCUUGUUUUGGGGUGAAGCACUGAGCCUGGCGAAGCAGCUUCUCAGCACAUAGGGAUUUUAGCUUAAUUACUGGAAAGGUGGGUUUGCCUUCAUGUGUGGUUGGAACGGGUCUUUCUACAGCUGUGCAAAUUCCCCUGCCUCUUGUCACAGCACACAUGGCAGCUACUGAGGGCUUUGCAGAUGCAACAGCAGAAGUACCAAUGUGCAGACAGAGCAGAAUGGUAUCUAGAACAUGAGGGUUGGUGUGAAUGCACAGCAAAUGGUGCGUGCUGCUGCUGCCAUCAUACUGGUUUGAGUUACCAGUGUUGGUAACAGUACAGUUACUGUACUGCUGCCUUUUCAUAGGGCAAUUGAAGCUGGGGGCUGAUAAAACAUCUGCUUCAAGUAACCCACAGGUAAUGGUAAAAUAAGAAUUCUCUUAUGGAUCUGGAUUCUUCAUUUUUAGUGUAAACUCUGUCCAAAAUUAAAGGUGACACAUAAAGCUGUAUUUAAUGUAACUUGCUUCCUCUCAUGAAUUUGAAAUUGCUUCAUAGAAACCCUUGAAGAAGACAUGGAGAGUAAGAAGCAUUGUUCACAAGAUAUUAAGAAAAUACGUAACAUUGCUACUUUUAACCCAUUUUAUUUUUUUGUAGGCUUUUUAAAAUUUGCUCUGGUAUCUAGCCACUAAAAGCAAAGUUAAUUCUGAGUCCAGUUCUCUACUAUUUUUUUGCAAGUCUGGAAGGACUCAUUGUUGAUUGUACAACAAAAUAAAAAAUGUGACUUUCAACUUACCUCUUAAAGUUCAGUAACCUUUUUUCCAAAGUGACUAAUCAAAGUCAAUCUGUGGGCAAUGCAACAUUUUAACCUUGAAGCAAUUAACAAAUAUCAAGUUCUGAGUGUAUUACAUUACUACUUCAUCUAUAACAUCUUUUGAAUAUGGAGUGUAAUAUUUUGCCCUUGAUGUAGAACUUUUGACAGUUUUGUUUCAAGUCAGAUUUAACGUUGUUUUGCAGAGCUGCCCCUCCUGUGGGUGUCAGUAAGGUCUGGGUUUACCAAGAGAGCAACUUGUGAGUAGCUCCCUGGCACCUUUUUCAUGGAGCACUAAAUUCAGGUGAACAUCAUGCCAGUGCAGAGUCUAAGCACACAGAACAACUAAACAGCUAACUAGUUUGAGUACAAACUGGAUUAUUUUCACAAAAGCAAAGUUAGGCUCAGCCUUAGCUAUACAUCUCAGAUUUGUAUCCCAGUUUAUUUUUCCAGGUUUAAACAGCAGGGGGCAGAAAGUUUGUUUUUUAUAGUCUACAGAGGAGAAGUUUCGCUAUAUAAUCAUUUCAGUGUUUGUCUUCCAGUAAGAAUUGUUUGUCUCAAGAUUUAGCUUGGGAUGUAUUUCACUUUAUAUUUUCUGAAUUCAUGAUCAAUUUUAAACUGAAGACAGCAGAACUUUCAGUUUUCAACAACUGUAAAACAUUCUUUCUUGAUCUGCUAAUGAAUUUGUUAAGCCACUUAGCUAAGAACAUAAUCCCAAUUCUUAAAGCUCAGGAUAACAUAAUUUGUUUAAUGUUGAAAUACGUUUGUAUUCUUUUAAGCACUGAGUAAACUCAAGAUGCAAUGCUUUUCUUCCUCCUGCUCUGGUUUUUAAUCCUUUGAAUGAACUCAUAUAAUCAUUGUCCAUUUUGUAAAAUCUAUUGUUUAAGCCUCUGAUCCAAGUUUGAAUCAGUUCCUCAUCUCUGAAAUGUAUUUAGGCUCUCCUGUAAGCUUUAUUUUCUUGCACUUGUAUUUGUCCCUGACACACUUUCUUACGAGUUUUUAAUGUACUGGACUAAGUGUUUUUUCACCUGGCUAAUUAAUUAGAUGUUCCUUGAAUUAAAUGUGGAAAACUGUUUUCAUCUAAACAGCGGUGGAGUUAAUUUAGAUCUACACAUGCAUAAAUAAAAUCAGUACCUGAACUUUGCAUUAGGCCUACAAUUCUCAUUUAACAGAAAACCCACUGAAUUAAGAUUUUGUCUUAACACUGUGUUUUGAAUUUAACAGUAAAUGUGUUACUGGUUUAAAUUUAGUGCUGUUUAGGAAAUGUGUCCAUUUAUAGAGUCAAAGGUAUGAAUGAUGAGUUUGUUUUAGUCCCAGUUUUUGUAAGAAUGCCUGUUUCCUAUGCUGUGACUUUGUAAGAUGAACAAUAGAUGGUGCGUAGGAAAGGAAGUCCCAAGGUUAGGAAUAACCUGGCAAAACUCCAUGAAUAAAGCUCUGCUGGUCCUUACUGCUCUAAACAAAGGGAAGGAAGUCUCCUCUCACUCUGUGCUUGACUUUGUGCUCAGGGUCAGGUAUAUUACAGCACAAUCUUUUUUUUUUUAAAUAUUCUUGCUGAUUUUAUUUUCAAGUAUAAGUUGUGGCAGUUUUAUUACUGCAGUUUUAUCACUGCAGUUUUAUCUUGAAAUUUCACUCAUCCAUCAGAUUAUUUGUAUCCAUAGCAAAUA